AUGUUUGAAAUAACUGGAGAGAUACCAGAAGGCAGUCACAUUAAUGAUUUUAAUUCGUAUAAAAGAGAAAAUCUGUUAAUAUCUAUCUAUCUAUCUAUCUCGGUUUUUAUAUCUAUCUAUCUAUCUAUCUAUCUAUCUAUCUAUCUAUCUAUCUAUCUAUCUAUCUCAAUCAUUCUAUCUAUCUAUCUCAGUCAUUCUAUCUAUCUAUCUAUCUUCCUCGGUUUUUAUAUCUAUCUAUCUAUUUCAGUCAUUCAUUCUAUCUAUCAACCUCGGUUUUUAUAUCUAUCUAUCUAUCUAUCUAUCUAUCUAUCUAUCUCAGUCAUUCUAUCUAUCUAUCUAUCUAUCUAUCUAUCUAUCUAUCUAUCUAUCUCAGUCUUUAUAUCUAGCUAUCUAUCUAUCUCGGUUUUUAUAUCUAUCUAUCUAUCUCAGUCAUUCUAUCUAUCUAUCUAUCUAUCUUCCUCGGUUUUUAUAUCUAUCUAUCUAUCUAUCUAUUUCAGUCAUUCAUUCUAUCUAUCAACCUCGGUUUUUAUAUCUAUCUAUCUAUCUAUCUAUCUAUCUCAAUCAUUCUAUCUAUCUAUCUAUCUAUCUAUCUAUCUAACUCGGUUUUUAUAUCUAUCUAUCUAUUUAUCUAUCUACCUCGGUUUUUAUAUCUAUCUAUCUAUCUCAGUCAUUCUAUCUAUCUAUGUAUCUUCCUCGGUUUUUAUAUCUAUCUAUCUAUUUCAGUCAUUCAUUCUAUCUAUCAACCUCGGUUUUUAUAUCUAUCUAUCUAUCUAUGUAUCUAUCUCAAUCAUUCUAUCUAUCUAUCUCAGUCAUUCUAUCUAUCUAUCUAUCUAUCUAACUCGGUUUUUAUACCUAUCUAUCUAUUUAUCUAUCUACCUCGAUUUUUAUAUCUAUCUAUCUAUUUAUCUAUCUACCUCGAUUUUUAUAUCUAUCUAUCUAUCUAUCUAUCUAUCUAUCUAUCUAUCUCAGUCUUUAUAUCUAGCUAUCUAUCUAUCUCGGUUUUUAUAUCUAUCUAUCUCAGUCAUUCUAUCUAUCUAUCUAUCUAACUAUCUAUCUAUAUAUCUUCCUCGGUUUUUAUAUCUAUCUAUUUCAGUCAUUCAUUCUAUCUAUCAACCUCGGUUUUUAUAUCUAUCUAUCUAUCUAUCUAUCUAUCUAUCUAUCUAUCUAUCUCUAUCUCAGUAUUUAUAUCCAUCUCAGUCAUUCUAUCUAUCUAUCUACCUCCUUUUUCUAUCUAUCUAUCUAUCUAUCUAUCUAUCUAUCUCAGUCCUUAUACCUAUCCUUUAA